AUGGCUGCAAUUUACAACCUCGAGACUACUUAUACUUACAAUCACUUCGCUAUUUACCACUAUGGGUAUACGCACGCGUGUACCUGUCUCUCAGUUUCAAAUGAUGCCUGUGAGGAAUAUGCUUGUUCGAUGGAAAAGAUUACAGCUGUGUGUUUUGCUGGCUCGAGUCUCAUUGAGCUCGCCAAUGGCUCAUCGAAAUCUUUAUCUCAUCUACAAAUCGGCGAUCGUGUACGAGUGAAUAAAGAUCACACCUACGAGCCAGUUAUUGCUUUCAUUCAUGCAAAACAACAUGGUCUCUUCGAUUUCCUUCAAGUCACCACCCGCUCACCUCUCUCCAACUCAACUUCCGUUCUGCUCGUGUCUCCUAAUCAUCUCGUAUUCGACUUCGAUUCGAACAUUGCUCGUUUUGCAGGCAAAUUCCAUGUCGGCGAUCGACUUCAGUUCAUCGAAAAUGAACAGACAGUGCCUGGUGAGAUCAUUAGCAUAAAACUGAUCAAAGCACAAGGAUACUAUGCACCUCUCACUCCAUCUGGAACUAUCGUUGUCGACGGUGUUGUUUCGUCAAACUAUGCUACUGUGAGCAACCAUGCUCUGGCUCACUUCUUCAUGGGUGCAUAUCGGUGGUGGGUGAAUGUUGUAGGCUCGCCCUCACCGUCUGAGAAGGUGCACUGGUUAGUGGAUGUGAUGCAGUAUAUUGAAGUUUUUCAAGUGAUUUGCCUAAAAGCAAGUAAAGAUUGUUUAAAACGAAUUAGCAAAAUGGCGCGAAAUACUGGAACAUUUGCACGAUCGAUGGCGUCGCAAUUUCGUUCAAUGUACAUAUCGACCAUCGUAGUUCUCAUAAUCCUACCGUUGUUCUCAGCUCUUCCAUUGGCGUCUUUGGUUGUUGGAAUUACGAAAAUAAAGGAAUGUCCUAUCCAACCAAAGAUACCAACAUAUAUGAUUGUAUUUGGGGCAGUUGGUUUUGCUCUUUGUAUCGUGAUCAUUUCCAUUAUUUUGACAAGAGCAAUAUGUUGCUACAAAUCUGGAGACAAUUCUAGAUGUGAAGUCACGGCUCUAAUCUCCUUCGGUGCUGCUAUCCCACUCUUCUUGUUCUUUUUCGCAUGGUUCGUCGUGGGCUGUGUGUGGGUGUUUAACGUGCGUGCUCAAGUUCAGUUCGAUUAUGCAGACAAAUCUGAUUACUGUGACCGAUCUCUGUACAAUUUUGCAUACUGCGUCCUUAUAGCACAAUACAAUGUUAUGCUUUGUAUUUGCUGUAUCUGCUAUGGUUACGGUCAAGCUUCCAACAAGAGUUCAAGUUAA